UUGAUUCCCGAACCAAGGCCCCACUUGUCAGAACAGAAAACCCGCGCAUCCAGCCGCGUGUCUUUUGAUCUCUCUUUCUGAUUUUUGCAACGGCAACGAUGCAGCCGCGGGAAGAACGACACGAAAGCCGUUGCAGCUUCCUUCGCUUCGAAUAACGCAAGUUUCCCUUUCUUUGCUUUGCGAGGUUGAGAUUACUCUUAGAACAAUCCAACGGCCGAGAUGUUGCAAGAUCUCGGCAUCGAAGCCAAUGAAGCUGCCGUACGAGAGGUGGCGAAGCUGCUGCCCUUGCCGGAGCUCUUGGCGUCCAUCUAUUCCAUCAAAUCCGACUACGUCCAGCGCCAACAGGCAAACGACGGACAACUCAGUACGAUGGUUGCAGAGCAGGUUGGACAAGCACAAUCUGGGCUAGAAUCAUUGGCCAUGUCACAAAAGACGAUAAACCAGCUCCGCGACAACUUUUUGUCCAUCGAAAAAUUGUGUCAAGAAUGCCAAACACUGAUUCAAAACCAUGAUCAGAUAAAACUCCUCAGCAAUGCUAGGAACAACUUGAACACUACUCUGAAGGAUGUAGAGGGAAUGAUGUCAAUUUCUGUUGAAGCUGCCGAAGCACAUAAUUCUCUUAGUGACGAUAAAGAACUAAUUCGUACAUAUGAGAGAUUAACAGCACUUGAUGGUAAGAGGAGGUUCGCAUUAGCAGCGGUGGCAUCUCACAAGGAGGAGGUUGGGAGGCUUAGAGAAUAUUUUGAAGAUGUUGAUCGGACCUGGGAGACAUUUGAAAAGACAUUAUGGAGCCAUAUUUCCAACUUCUAUAAACUUGCAAAAGAAAGCCCUCAGACUUUGGUCCGAGCUCUGAGGGUAGUUGAAAUGCAAGAGAUCAUAGACCAACAGCUGGCUGAGGAAGCAGCUGAGGCUGAAGGAGGUGGUGCCAUGGCAUCAAUUACAAAUCCCCGUCGAACUGCCAAAAAGUCCACUGGGGCAACAGCUUCUCCUAGAAACGCAAUGCAAGAGAAGAAGGGCCAGGGGAAAGGUUUCAAAGACAAAUGCUAUGAGCAAAUUGGGAAAACUGUUGAAGCACGGUUUGACAAGCUGUUGUCGGAGCUUGUUUUUGAGGAUCUAAAAGUUGCUUUGGAGGAAGCUAAAACGAUUGGUGAGGAGCUUGGCGAUAUUUAUGACUACGUGGCUCCUUGUUUUCCUCCUAGAUAUGAAAUCUUCCAACUCAUGGUUAAUCUCUACACCGAGAGGUUUAUUCAGAUGCUUCGACUGCUCAGUGACAGGGCUGAUAAUCUAACAAAUAUAGAAAUUCUAAAGGUAACUGGUUGGGUAGUUGAAUACCAAGAUAAUCUGAUUGGACUUGGUGUCGAUGAGUCUUUAGCCCAAGUUUGUUCAGAGAGUGGUGCAAUGGAUCCUCUUAUGAAUGCAUACGUUGAACGGAUGCAAGCGACCACAAGGAAAUGGUACAUGAAUAUUCUAGAGGCUGAUAAGGUACAACCACCAAAGAAAACAGAUGAUGGGAAGCUAUACACACCAGCUGCUGUUGAUUUAUUUAGGAUUUUGGGGGAGCAGGUGCAAAUUGUUCGUGAGAAUAGCACUGAUGUCAUGUUGUAUCGAAUUGCUCUUGCCCUUAUUCAGGUAAUGAUUGAUUUUCAAGCAGCUGAGCAGAAGAGACUUGAUGAACCAGCUUCUGAAUUGGCUUUAGAGCCUUUGUGUGCAAUGAUCAACAACAAUCUGCGCUGCUAUGACCUUGCAAUGGAACUGAGCAACAGUACUGUGGAGGCUCUUCCGCAGAACUAUGCCGAGCAGAUAAACUUUGAGGAUACUUGCAAAGGUUUCCUUGAGGUUGCAAAGGAAGCUGUACACCUAACUGUUAAUGUUAUUUUUGAAGACCCUGGAGUCCAGGAGUUACUGGCCAAGCUUUACCAAAAAGACUGGUCCGAAGGUAUGGUUACUGAGUACCUAGUCGCAACCUUUGGCGACUAUUACACAGAUGUAAAGAUGUACAUUGAAGAAAGAUCAUUCAGGAGGUUUGUUGAAGCUUGCCUGGAGCAAACAGUUAUUCUUUAUGUUGACCAUCUCUUAUCACAGAGGAAUUACAUCAAGGAAGAAACAAUCGAGCGGAUGAAGCUCGAUGAAGAGAUCCUCACGGAAUUCUUUAGGGAGUACAUCAAUGCAUCGAAAGUUGAAAACAGAGUGAGCGUUAUGAGUGAGUUACGUGAGCUUGCUUCAGCUGAAAGCCUGGACACCUUCACUCUCAUUUACACCAACAUACUCGAACAUCACCCUGAUUGCCCGCCUGAUGUUGUCGAGAAGCUGGUGGGAUUGCGAGAAGGAAUACCACGGAAGGAUGCCAAAGAGGUUGUACAAGAUUGCAAGGAAAUAUAUGAGAACUCUCUUGUAGAUGGCAGGCCGACAAAGACAGGUUUUGUCUUCGGAAAGGUGAAAUGCCUCUCGGCUUCCAAAGCUUCUCUUUGGAGGAAGCUGACUUAAUUGUUCUUUCUAUGCAAUCUUUUAUGAUUGGGAAAUGCUAGUAAAUCUGAACUUUUCUGUCAAUGUACUUGCAAUACUAAGAACAACCAAAACAUGGACGGCACAUACUUGAUUUUGGUUAAUGGCCUCACUGGUUUGUGUUUAAAUAACUGAGCUUUUUUCUU